ACAAAUUGGCGGGCAGUGGGGGUAAGAGUACAUUUCAAAAAGAGUAUCAGAGUGGGCGAAUGCCAAUAACGACGAUGGCAUUCAGCAGGAGUACCAGUGCGCAGCGAGUGGAUUUUAGAGCAUGUUGGCACGUAGCGGUAUUCGUGUUAUUGCAGGUCCAUGUAGGGACAGGUCAAUAUCCCGUUCUCAUUGCUGCUGGUACAGGGCAAGCAGCGCCAUUCAGAAUGACAUUUGGCGAUGGGCAGACUACCGCUGGCGUUCUCAGCUACUUGCCGGUGUGUAUUGUGACCAGUGGAUCAGCACCGUUCAUUCGACUAGAGAAGACUGAUGGUAGCCUGGUGCUGGGUGUGACCGGUUCGUUCACCGGUUUUGGCAGGGCCCCUUUGAACACCACAGCACACCCUUCACUCAACGCAUCAUACACUGGAGUGUACCAUUGCCGAACCGACGCCCGCUACUCACCACAGUUGUACCAGCUCAAUGUUGUGGCUCGACAGAUUCGGUCCUCAUUCCCUACGUCACUGCCACUAGUUUACAUGGAUGGCAAUCACACCAUAUCAUGCAUGUCAAGUGGCAAUUUCCCUCUCAAAGUAUCUUGGAACACAACACUAUCUCCGGAUUCUGAGCUGAUUCGGACAAUGACAUCGGCGAAUAUCGUACAUUCGACGUUCAGCUUCAAGCUGAACGACCCACAGUUCGUAAUAACAGAGCGUGAUACGUCCGGUGUUGCCUUCAACGUAACCUGUAACACCUGGUAUACUACAAACUUCGACUGUGUUGCAGCGGGCUCAAUUCCUGCACGACCUCACGAUGUGAUUCAAAGCUGUUUAAGUUCCUCCCAGCCAGUAUCUACGACUGUUUCUGUCAUUCUUCAAGCACCACGCUGUAGCGCACUACACACUCUCAACCUGAAUGUGAAUGUGACGUCAUCAACACCUAGCAAGAGAGGCAGCAUUGUGAAUGUGCAGUGCAUUCCUCCAUACAAUCUAACCAAUGGAGUGCAGCAGGUCACGUGUUUGGCAAACGGAUUUUGGACAGUUCUCCCGACGUGUGUUGCCAAUCGCAGCCAAAGAGCCGAUACAUACGGUUUGCAGGAAUUUGUCAUCCUCUAG